UUUAACUAUUUUAGUCUAUUUUAUUUUUUAGUACUAUUUUAACUCAAAAAGUAAAAAAAGCCUCUUCCCAAACACCACAUAAUGUUGGUAAGAAUUAUUUCCAAUCCACUUUGCAUGAUCAAACCACCAUUCAAUCCAUCCUAACAAAAAUCUCAUAUACUAGCCUUUCUUUACACACCCAAUGAACCUAUUUAACACCACACACUCUCUACUUUCAUGCAACAAUAACUUAAAACCUCUGAAUCACACCUACUUCCAUCUCCAAGCAAAAUGUCCAUAGUUGCAGAGGCUCCCGGUUACAUUCAAGUCUUUUCUGACGGAUCAGUGAAGCGUUUCGCGCCUGAAAUAGCCUCCGCAUCUUCUGAAUCAGCCAAUGGAUACAAGUCCAAGGACGUGAUCAUCGACCCAUCAAGGGCACUAACGGCUAGGAUAUUCCUCCCCGACGCCCCAACAUCAGCCAAUCACCUGCCUGUUAUUGUGUAUUUCCACGGAGGCGGUUUUAGCAUCGGCUCAACCAUGUGGCUCGGCUACCACAAUUUCCUAGGAGAUCUAUCUGUUGCAUCCCAAUCCAUUGUCUUCUCUGUAGACUACCGUCUUGCACCAGAGAAUAAGCUUCCUAUUGCUUACGAUGAUUGUUAUAGCUCGGUUGAGUGGCUAAGGAACAUGGUAAGCUCUGAACCAUGGCUCAAAAGAGCCGACCUGUCUUGCUUGUUUCUGUCAGGAGACAGCGCAGGAGGCAACAUAGCACACCAGGUUGCUAUCAAGGCGAUUCAUUACAAGCCUUGUAAUGUAACGAUCAAAGGACUUUUGUCGAUACAUCCUUAUUUUGGAAGUGAAAAGAGGACUGACAGAGAGAUGGGUGAUGGAGCAGAGGGGGAUGUGGCAAUGAAUGACUUGUUUUGGGGGCUAAGUUUGCCUGAAGGGUCAAAUCGUGACUACUUUGGAUGUAAUUUUGAGAUGGACGAGGUGUCCACGGUUGUGUGGCAACAGUUUCCAAAAGUGGUGGUUUUCGUGGCGGGGUUGGAUUUCUUGAAGGAAAGGGGAGUUAUGUAUGCGGAGUUUCUAAAGAGGAAAGGAGUGAAAGGCGUGAAACUGGUUGAAGCUGAUGAGGAAUCACAUAUUUUUCACGUGUUUCGUCCUGAAUCUGAGGCAACUCAUUUGCUCCAAAAGCAAAUGAGUGAUUUCAUACACAGCUUUUAGAGAUUCAUAUGAUCAUUGCUAAGCAUGCUGCUAUAUCAGCAUCUAGGGAUUAAAUAAACUGCUGAAAAAUAA